GUGAAUUUUUUGCAAAGCAGAUAUACUGACACCCAACAAAUUCGCCCGGUCUGUGAAGUCUGCGUUAAAAAAUGACGUUUAAAACUCGAAAACCGUGCCAAUAAAUAGAACGCUCGCGGGUAUGGCGUUUGUUUACUUCGCAGUAAAAAACUUAGGUUAGGCCAAACGCCAACAAACUGUCAGAGCCCCUCUGACCUCGCCUUUGCCAGUUCAGUUGCGUUUAAAAAAAAAUGGACGGGUUCGCGGGUCAUCCUCUCAUCUGCAGGGCAUGCCUCAGGAUCGUGGAGAACAAAACCCAAAGUUUUGGGUUCAUUGAGGAUGCCAAUGGGAACCUGAAAGAUAUGAUAAUGUGUUGCGUGCCAGAGAUGGACACAUACGUAUCCUCGAACCCCAUCAUGUGCUUUCCCUGCAUACAACUGCUGGUAACCGUCUACAACUUCAAGACGAGAUGCCUCAACACGGAAACGAUCAUCCGUUCCUACAUACAGAGGCAUAAUCUCUCAGAAUACAACCACGUAAGCCUAAGUUGCGUCGUCCAGGAACUUAUCAGGUUAAACAAUUAUUUCAGAGACGUCCAACAUAGAAAAAUCGACGGCGACAAACCGAACAUGGAGAAUUGUCCUCAAAAUGCGAACGGCAUGCCGAGAGUCCCGUGUGGGCCGCCUCAGGGCAUACCCGGAUGUCAGCUUAGGCCGUCGGAAGGUCAGGCAGUGCCUAUGGAUCAUGAGAGUGUACCAGGGGGCCGCGUAAUAGAACCGAACGUUCAGGGUGUGAACGUAAACGUGAACGGAAGUCAAAUUGUAGCAGAAAAUCAGUUUGUUCCUAGACAUCGAGACGUGGAGGAACACAGAGGGGUGAUGCAUGGCCUACCAAUAAAUUCGGUACUAUUAAGAAAUCAAGACGGCACGUUGGAAUCUAGAAACGUAACGAGAGAUGAAAUUGUUCCAAACUAUGACACAUCAAAUGAAGGAUUAGAAAAUCUAAACGCACAGAACUAUCAAAAACCUAUAGAUUCAGUUGUUCAAAAUCUUCAUUGUAGUGAAGUAGAAAAUCAAAAUGCAUCAAGUAACGAUUUAGAGGGGAAGGAGAGGGAGAAACAAGACAAAGAAUCAACGACAGCACAACCUGAAGAAAGUACUGACGAUACUACCAAAACUGACACAUCUCAAGAUAAUGUUACGGGCAGUUUUGCUUCGAAAUCUGAAGUGGAAAAAGGCCCCAUAACAGAAAACAGACCAAGACUUAUAAUAAGGAUAUGUAAGAAUAAAAUAACUAUUCCCCAAAAUAAAAAUGAGAAUUUAAACGAGAAGGAAAAUGAAAAGAUGGACGUAGAAGUCAACGGGACAGAAAUGCCUCCGCCCGAAACCGACCCCUUCGACGCCUACCAACCGCAGGACGACAACGAACUCUACCAGUGUUCGAACUGCACCUUCGUCACCACCCACCUGGAUUCCUACGUGAUUCACAAGAACGUAUGCGGCUCCGAAUUGACCGAGAAGAAGUGCCCGCACUGCUCCCACGUGACCAACCGCCAAUAUGCUCUCAACAAACACAUAAACACGAUGCACACCAAGUCCGUAUGGUACAUCUGCGACAGCUGCCCGUACCGCAGCACCGACUCGUCGUGUCUCCGCAGACACAAACGUAACGUGCACCCCGAGCGACUCGGGAACGACCUCAUGUGCCAGAUGUGCUCGUACCGCUGCACCACCGAGUACCACCUCAAGAAACACAUGCUCAAGCACACGGACAACGCGCCGUUGCAGUGCCAGUUCUGCUCGUACUCGACGAGGGACAGGAGCAACUUCAGGAAGCACGUGUUCAUCCACAACCCCACGCCGCAGGGCUGCGAGUUCUGCAGCUACAAGUGCGUGUCGCCGUAUCAGAUGAAGCUGCACCUCAAGAAGGCGCAUCACGGGGUCGGGAUGGAGGACGUGGAUUGUCGGAGCGAGGUGAGCAUCUCCGAGGUGGUGCAGGAUAUCAGCGCCGCGAUAAAAGAAGCGAAAUGCUACGCCACGCAACCAACGGAAUAGUUUACGAUUUUUUUUUGUUUCUGUGAUACGUUGAUCUGUCGAUUGUUUAUUGGGAUUAAGGAUGGCGGCUUGUUCGUUGUUUAAGAAAAUUACCGUGGCGAAUGGACACCCGUGGCUCUUUUUUAAGUUUAUCGGUAACUACAAGUUCGUUUAUCAUGAAAGAUGUUUAUGUUUUCUAGAGAAAGUUAUUUAUUUUCUGUUGUAUAUGUGAAACUUCUAUUAAAGGUAUUAACGUUGACAACGCUCCCAAAUUUGAAAGAUCUCUGACCUCGAUAACUAAUAACUCUUAAAUUUAUCUCGAUACGGUUUUGCUUUCUAACCACACUAUUUUACCAAAGCUAAAUAUCUUUUUCUUUAAUGGAAAAAACACUUAAGUGUAAUCCUAACAAAGAUUUUGAUCCUUCCAAACAUUCCACACAAUAAUGCCGACAAUACUAAACGUGUACAUUGCACCAUUACGCCAAAAGUUUACGCAAUCUCCGGAAAAAGAGUUAUUAGUAAUCAAAGCAGUAUACCAGUUAUAUUUCUUCUAUUAAACGGUAAUAAAUGCUGAGGUAUGUUGUAGAAAUAGUGUUAAAAUAUAUAUUUGUAUAAUGCUAUUUGUGUUCCAGUUUUUAAUAUCAAGAAACCUGUAUCAACCCAAGCUGUAGCAUUUGUAAAAUAAAACCGUGCAAAAUUCA